UACCGUGUCCUUUCGGCUUGCCGUAUUCAGCGUGCUUCAAUGACACACCGGUAACAGAGAUGGCUGUAUCGACUUUAUUCAGGUCUAUCAGAAAAGAACUCACUAAGGUCUGCUUCCAGCAGCAUGUUCAGUGUUUACACAGCGGUCCGGAUAAAGCCCUGCUGCUAAAACUGCGCAAAGCCACCGGCUACACCUUCAUCAACUGCAAGAAAGCGCUGGAGAAGUUCAACAACGACAUCGCACAGGCUGAAAGCUGGCUGCAUGAACAGGCUCAGAAGGAGGGAUGGAGCAAAGCGAGCAAGCUGGAGGGCAGGAGAGCCAAGGAGGGGCUGAUUGGUGUUCUGAAGAAUGACAGUGCAGCAGUCAUGGUGGAGGUAAACUGUGAGACUGACUUUGUGGCAAGGAAUGAAAAGUUUCAGCAGCUGGUGCAGGAUGUUGCUUUGGCUACAAUGGCUCAUCAUUGCAGCAAGGGACAAGGUGGAUACAGAAAGAGUCUGUUGUCUGCUGAAGACCUUGCUAAGCUCACUAUGGUGGAGGGCCCCUCACUGGCAGAUCAGCUGGCUCUGACCAUAGGCCGACUGGGUGAGAACAUCUCCAUAAGGCGAGCUGUGUCCAUAGGUAUACCUUCUGACUGGCACAUUGGCUCAUAUGUGCAUUCACCAGUUACAGGGCCCAGCAGUUUGAUGAUGGGGCGCUAUGGCUCUCUGGUGGUGUUCCAGGGGGGGCCUGAGGGAGAGGUGGAGUUUCUGGGCAAGAAGCUGGGACAGCACAUAGUAGGGGAGGCUCCUGAUACUCUUGGCAACAUGGAAGAUCUACCCUGUGGGGAAUCUGAGACACGGCUUUUACCACAGACCUUCCUGCUAGAGCCCAAAUACACUGUAGGACAGUUCCUCACUCUGCAUAACGCACGAGUGCUUGACUUCAUACGCUACAAGUGUGGCGAGAGCAACACACCGGAGGUAGAGUGAGCAGAGAUCCAUUCAUACUGCAUUAAAAAAAACACUCUACACAUAUGCAGUUACCCAGUUGCCCCAGUCAAGAUAAAAAAAAAAAGAAUAAGACAUUUCCUAUGAGACAAAGCCAAAAGCUGGAGUGCUGAUCUAUUUCAGCACUGUGAAACACAAAAGACCAGGAUGAAAUCUCCUAUUUUGGACUAUCAUGCAAAAUGGAAAAAAUGAAAUUUAUUGAGCCCACACAUUAUACACACACUUCAGAUGUGUACGAUUAUGAUUUUGGUUACGCUUAUGAUGCUCAAAUUUCAUCAAAUGAGCUGAAUCUGCAUUUAAAAUAAAACAUUUGAUGUAUCACA